GGGGGAGGGGUUUGCAUCCUGGGCGUGGAUUGUUGAGGGAGGCGAAGCUAAGAUGGCAGCAGAGACAGUCGAGCUGCACAAGUUAAAGCUUGCAGAGUUGAAACAGGAAUGUUUAGCCCGAGGAUUGGAGGCAAAAGGAAACAAGCAAGAUCUCAUCAACAGACUCCAGGCAUAUUUAGAGCAGCAUGCUGAGGAAGAGGCAAAUGAAGAAGAUGUUUUGGGAGAAGAAACAGAAGAAGAAGAACAGAAGCCCGUAGACAAUCCCAUCAAAGAGGAUAUGACUACAGAGACCUCUCCUGAAAUAAGUGCAGAAAAAAAGGUGGUGAAAAUUACCUCAGAAAUUCCUCAAAUGGAGAGAAUGCAGAAGCGAGCAGAGAGAUUCAAUGUUCCUGUGAGCUUGGAAAGUAAGAAAGCUGCACGAGCAGCUCGGUUUGGUAUGCCUGCUGUUUCAACUAAAGGUCUGAACACAGAAAGUAAGACUUCAAUAAAUAUAGACAAAUUAAAGGAAAGAGCUCAACGAUUUGGUUUGAAUGUUUCCACAGUCUCCAGAAAGACCGAAGAUGAUGAAAAACUGAAAAAAAGAAAGGAGAGGUUUGGCAUUGUUACAAGUUCAGCUGGAGCAGGAACUACAGAAGACACAGAGGCAAAGAAGAGAAAAAGAGCAGAACGUUUUGGCCUUGUCUGACGAUCUUCCUCUUACUAUUUACUUGUUCAGGGUGUAUGUUUUAAACAUUCUUCAUCUCUGAGGAAGAACACAGUUUCUCCCUAACACACAUUUUGUAUUUCAAAACUAGCUAUUGAGUUGUGCUGUUUGUACCCUACCCCACACUCUUUCAGAUCUGAAAAGUACAGAAUAAAAGUAUUCUGUUUAUGUAUGUUGUGACCAGUUUGGAUCUAGUGGUAAAUUUUUUUAGCCAUUUGUAUCCAAAGUACACAUUGUUGCUUCUUUCUGGAGUAGAGACAGCUGCACAAAGGGAUUCCCCAGCUACCCUAAUAAGAAUUGUCACCUUCAGCUCCAUUUAAAGUAAAUCACUAAUAAAUAGUUAAAAAGUUGUUUGAGCACUCUUUGCAUUUUUAGAUAGGCAUUCCUUGGCUAGGUAUUUCUAAUUUCCCAUUAACUCUGGAGAAGAAAUAUUUUUUCUUUCAUUUAUAAAUUCCAAUCAUAAAGUCGAUCAGUUUCUUCUAAUUACUCUUAAGCUUAGAUUUUACUAAAAAAGUGAAACAUUUUCUCCUUGGAGCUAUACUAAAUAUUGAAGCUUAUGAAGUUAUGAAAUCUUAAGAUGGAUCCUGUAUUUUCCUUUGCUAGAAUGGAACUACUUUUUACAUCUUCAAUUACAAAAUAUGAGUGGCCCACAGAAUAGGAUAAAUUGCAUCCCAAUAAAAAGGUAAUGAAAUUGUCAUGUACAUAGCUAGACAGCUUCCUGCAGAUACUCUUAUUCAUAGUAAUCUGUUAGAAUUGUGCCUCAAAACUUUUAAAAUUUGUCAUGAAUACAGAAUUUCCUCCAUUAAGAAUAGUACCAAAAAGUUAUAAAAACAAUAGGUAUAAAAUUAUUACAAAAUAUUAUAUUCAUCUUCAGCUUUUUUAAACACAGCUUUAAAUUCAUAGUUGAUUUUCAAAUACAGUGUCCUAUGUUUCUCUCUGAAUUGAAUGUAUUUUGAAUAUCUGAUGUUUGGUGUUUCAAUUUAUUAAAGACAAUUACUUGGAGAAAACUUCUUGCCUAUUACAUUACCACAUUCUAUUUUCUUACAGACAAUUUAUUCAUACCACCUUUAAAAAUUGAUUGUAAUUGUAGCUGAGCAAGAAUACAUCUUUGAGUGAUUUCAUCUUUAAAUGUAUAUCAACCACAUUUUUUUACUAAAAAUAGAUUAAACAAAUAUUAAUUUUUAUUACAGAUCUGUAUCAUCCGUUAUAGAAAGAAGUUGUUAGGACAUUCUGUAUUUUAAAAACAAUCUUAAUGAUUCAUCAGAGGUUUUAUACUGUUACUGAUAGACUUUUGUCUUGAGUGGUAAUCAGUUUGGCCUCUGGGAUUUUUUUUACCCUAAUCUUUUUUUUUUUUUAAAAAAGAUGAUUCCCCCCCCCUAUAUCUCAUACUUAAUUCCUUUUGUCUAAGUACAAAUUAAACGACAUAUAUGAAAAUAACUUGAAGAUUCUUCUUCUUCUGAUCCUGGAUUCAUGCUUCAUUUAUAUUUGAAAUUAGUCUGUUUGACAGUAUGCUUGUGCUUUUCAUUAUUUAAGCCUUUGAGCAAUAGUCUAAUGAUUUAUUUGCUAUUUAGCACUGGGAUGACACAGUGUGUGUUAUAUAUCUUUUGAAAUGUUUUGUAGGUUGUACUGAAGCCAGUACAUUUCAUUUUUUAUUUCAUAAUAAACUGCUUAAGGAAAUACA